CGGUGUUGUGCGUGCGUAGUGUACAGUCGGCCGAACGUUUUGUCGAAAAAUAGAAAAAAUGCCACCCGCCCCGUCUGGUAAGGCGGUCAAGAAGGCCGGUAAGGCCCAGAAAAAUGUUCGUGCUUCGGAUAAAAAAAAGAAGAAGCGCAGGAGGAAGGAGUCUUUCUCGAUCUACAUUUACAAAGUGCUUAAGCAGGUCCACCCGGACACCGGCAUCUCAUCCAAGGCGAUGUCGAUCAUGAAUUCGUUCGUGAACGAUAUCUUCGAAAGGAUCGCUGCCGAAGCGUCCCGCCUCUCACACUACAACAAAAGGUCGACCAUCACGUCGAGGGAGGUCCAGACCGCCGUCAGGCUGCUGCUUCCUGGUGAGCUGGCCAAGCACGCCGUUUCCGAGGGGACCAAAGCGGUCACCAAGUACACUUCGUCCAAGUAAAUACUCGGUCGUCGUAGGAUCGUCGAGAAAUCAAGAAAUCUUGAUGCUGAUGAAACAACUGCAAGCUAUACUAUGGCUCUGUUAUGAGGCCAUACCAGACUCGUAAAACAGACCGACCUUACGUAAGCCGUAUUGUUCGCGAAUUUGUGUAAAGUUAUUAUAACCUGUAUAUAUAUAUACCUAUAUAUCGAGUGCGAGUAUAAGGAGACGUAUUUGCCCUGCGUUUGUGAAUUUGUAGUAAGCUUCCUGAGGGAGUUUGUAUCCGAGGUAAAAUAACCCGCGGGUUUUGGAUAUUACUGUCAUUGGUUCGGUGUCGUUCUUGAGCGCAUGGGAACAACCCGGCCAGUUAGACAGAAAACCAAAUAAAUGACUUCAUAUAAAUUACUUAAAAAUUUUAACGUGAAUGGCGGUUCUGUGAGAAAUAAAUUUAUGAUAUUGAUGUAUGACAAUAUUUCUGGUCUGGAAGUUUGGCGGAUAUGGUAGAAAUUAAACGAUGCAUAAGACAAAAACCCUUUGUAAGAAUGUAAAUAAAAAAAAAGACCCCCCUCGUAUGAGGCAAAAGACGUA